AUGCCUCAGGACAUGCCCCCAAUUGGCGGGUACGACGCCGUCCAGUACAAGCGACACUUGCCCGCACGUGGCUUCAAGCCCGCCACACUUCUCGCCAUCGGCGGCGGCGUGAUGCUCUACGGAUGGUACCAGUUCGGCAAGGGUGCAAGGGAACAACGCGAGCUCGCCCGCGAGAAGAUGUGGUCCCGCAUCCACCUGAUCCCCGUCCUGCAAGCCGAAGAAGACCGCGACCAAGUGCGCCGCCACCUGGCCGACCAGCAGCGCGAGCGCGACCUGAUGGGCGGCGAGAACUUCAAGGUGUACAACAACGACAGAUUCGUCAAGCCUACGUUUGCCAUCACACCAGAGAAGUCAAAGUAA